AUGAAUUUCGACAAUAAACAGCCCACCGCCAAUGAUAAAGACUACUACUACGCCAGCAAUUUGCCUAGCUAUGGUGUUUCCAAUACAAACGGCAUCACACCACAGCAAAAAGAACAGCAGCAAGUGCAACAACAAAUAGAGAGUAGCCAUGGCAACAGGUAUCCAGGCGUCGUAGGCGCCACACCUCCAGAAGCAAGAGGCAUUCAAGGCUACGAUGCGCAAGGCAACCCCAUCAUCCCUCAGUUUAUCGCACAAAGACAUCAAAUUGAGCAAUCCUUGGGUCCCACAUGUAAAGAUGGUGGCUACCAUGAUUUACGCAUGCAUCUGACGACCUCAUCUUUGUUGUUUGCUAUACUCAUCAUUCCUUAUUGUUGUGGUUUCAGAGGUAAACGAGAGACAGUAUGCAAGAAAUGCAACCAAAAGUUUCCACAAAUUGUACUUCCUAGCGCUUAA